GAAUAUCUUGAAAACGUAAUCACAUAGGGGGUUGCGUUAGACGGGAAAGCGAUGGCGAUGCCGCGACGAAAUAUACAGGGAUGAGAUCUCGAUUUACGCGACAAAGCCACCCUAAGAACGUCCUUCGUCGAGACGUAAAGGACGACGUAGGAAAUUCGUUGUACGCUCGAUUCCAUUCGUCCAAGUCAAUGAAAGCUUUUUGUACAAUUUUUCACUCUAACGUAGUCUAGAAGACGCUAGGAAGCCGAAUAUCGCGCUGGAUUCGCGAGCAGACCUAAUUUUUUUUGCGGACCAAUAUGGCUCGGGCCAAACCAAUACGACUGGACAUUCUCGCUCAAGUUUCUCGAAAGCUUUUUCGUUUACUUGAUGUUUCUUUUUAUGGUUGUGAUAUAAAAGACAUCGAAUAGCCGUGUGCAACGUUAAAUUCAUGACUGGAAAGCCGUAUGCUUCGAAUUGUUAAGAAUGAUCGCGUUGAUUCUUUCAAAAACUAAUUUCACCUGCGCGCAAACGCUAGCAUUGAACGUAACGAGCAUUUUCCAACGAAAAAUCUCCCAGCAGCCAAUAAAUAAGCGAGACACGGUAUCGCCAGGUAACGCACGAGAUAUUCGCUAAAAAUAAAAAACAAAACAAAAAAAUGAAAAACCGCACAGCGUCGACGUUCGAGGAAGGUCUUCCGGGAGCGCGAUGUCACUCGCAAAAAGAAAGAAGUUGUUUCUAUCUGCGACGUCUCGCGGAAUAGAUAAAGGGAACAGAAUGAGGAUAGGGAGGGGAAGGGUGAAAAAUGAAGUCUUCUUUCGAGAGGAAAUAUAAUGGGACAGCGAAAAAAUAGAUCGACGGGUCUCGAAUGACUAUCCUUACGCGUCCGUGCUCUUAUGCGACAGAGUACAUCCCAGAUUGGAAAAAGACAUUCUAUCUUUCCUCUGGAAUAUCGUGCCCUCGAAAAUUUCUGAAAUUUUCCUUCUACGGUAUGUUAAGGGCGAAAAUUAGGUCGAUAUCUCGGUUAUUAGCCAUCGUACAAAAAAUUUGUAGGUACCAAAAAAAAUUCUAAAUUUAACAUUCAGUCAUACUUGUAGUAUACAUUUUUCUUUUAAAACCAACGAUAAACGAGAUAUCGUCCCUGCAACUUGAAAAACUAGUUUCCACCCCUCGUACACAAGCAUCAGCGUUAAAAAGGAACACUUGUCCGUUCCUUCCCACCGCUACGUGCCACCAUGUGCCAAGUUCCACAAAAAUCAACGCGUAACAGUUGGCCGAUGUCCUCGCGAGUCCGCUCGAGUGUCUGUUCCCGAGGACCCUCCUGAAAAAUAAAAUUUCUGCCCCUGCUCGGCGACCUGUCCCUGUUUGUUAUUACGGUAACUUUUCGACCCCUGUACGUGACACGUAGCGGGGAUGGCCACGUAAAAAGAAGGUCGACGCGAAAGAUCGCGCAGAGGUCCGUUGGGUCGCGUGGCCUCGGCCUUCGUCGUCCCGCGCUCCGUGGCGGAAGACGAAGGAGACAGAAGAGCGCGUUCGGCGAUGAGAGCGCGCUGGGAGAGGGUGGGGGAGUUCUGGAAAUAGCAAGAGAGGUUGUCGGAACGGGGCUGCGGCGUUCCUUCAUGCGGCGAUCGGACCGCACGAGGCCGCGCACGCGCGUCGCGUCCCUCGACGACUGAUCCUGCGCCCUGCGCACCUUACGGGGUGCGUCCGUGCCGGCGACGCUCUCCAUGGACGGCAGACAGUUCCCACGGCACUCGACGGACGCCGUUUCUCGUCCAAGCUCGUCUCUGCUCGACUCUCGCGUCGAUACCUCCGCGACCUAACCCUGACCGGACCAGGCGUCCAGAUCCGCGCCACUCGAACGCGUCCGCACGUUCGUCGUGCACUUCUGGCAAGCACGCGUCGUGAUCUCGAAGAUGCUGCGUCGCGACCCAGCGCGAGUCAACGUGGUAAGCCACUAAAGGCCUCUGACGGACCAGGAACUCGGAACAGCCUCUGCCCAUGGCUCUGACGGAUCGUGUUCCACCGAUCCACGAUCGCUCGUCCGAAUCAGCGACACCAGGUUCGACACCGCCGCGUCCAGACCUUCGGGCAAUCGCCUCGUCGACCGCGGUUCGCGUUGCCCCGUCGCGGAGGUCGCGUCUGUGAUGAGUAGCGAGUGACGCGGAUCAAUGUAAACGACCCCGCUGUCCAGCAUCCUCGACGCAAAGUAGCCAACAAAGGGCGGAAUCGGAAGGGUGACCGUUGACAGCUGUCGUCCCACUGUCCAGGAACACCCUGUACCGUGGACUGGUAUUUCGCGAGAUCGGAAAGUGUUCCUCGUGCGCGACGUCCUCGUCCGCGGUUUGGAUCGGAUAGAAGCCGGCGUUGAUUCGAGGGGAUCGCGAGUUCGUGGCUCCCCGCGGGCUUUGUCGACUGGAAGAAGACGGGGGAUCCACAUCCAGUCGGAUUCGAUCAGGAAAAGUUUGCCCCGGACUGACAUGCCUCGCGAAACGUCUGUGGGAAGUUGAAGGCUGCUACGAUACGGACGGGAAAGCGAUCGCUGGUAAGGCUUGCCACCGCACCAGAUGGACGAGGCUCGAGGGAGGAUAGUGGAACGAUAGGAGGCGACCGGUUGCGGCUGCAGCUGCGGCGUCGGUCGCUGCACCUGCAGCUGCAGCUGCGGCGACGGCGACGACGGCGACGCUGCCGGUAGCAGCGUUUUGAUAAGACGACGGAACGAUGCAGAGCACGGGCGACUACUAUCAGAGGGCGCCGAGAUGCUGUCCAGGAAGAAAUGCAAAUGCGAACGCUGAGGCCUUGCGGAUCAGCACGUCCGUCAGGGGCGCGGAACUGCUCUGCUGUUGCUGCAGCUGCAGCACCGCGACGUCCACCAAGACGCCCGGACUUUUGGCCAGUCUGGGGGUCUGCGUUCUCGUGCUGGGCUACGCGCUGCUUGGCGCGUUCGCGUUCAUGGCCUUGGAGGGUGGCCUCAAAUCGGAUUCGACGAGCGAGCUGCUUCCCAGCGGCCCGAAGGCCGAGGGAGGAUCGUACGUUGUGCCGAGCCUCGAGGAUGACACCGUAGCCAUGGAGCUCAGGGCGCGCACCGUGGAGAGGCUUUGGAGCAUCACCGAAGAUCUGAACGUGCUGUACAAAGAAAAUUGGACGAGACUAGCAGCCAGAGAGGUGUUCGAGUUUCAGGAGAACCUCGCUCGCGGUCUUAGGCGGACUUCCUCGCAAUACGAAUCAUCGCGAUCCAGGGAUCACGCAGUAGAUAGGCGGCCGCACCGACGGUGGACCUUCAGCGGUAGCUUGUUGUACUCUCUGACGCUGAUCACGACAAUAGGGUACGGCAGUGUAGCGCCUCGCACGGUUUGGGGUCGUUUGAUCACCAUAGUUUACGCUCUGGCCGGGAUUCCCCUGAUGCUGGUCUAUUUGAGCACGGUUGGCGACGUUCUCGCGAGGAGCUUCCGCCGUUUGUACGGGCGGCUUUGCAGGCCACGUAAUUGCACGAGGAAGCAACAACCACCGCCCCCUCCACCGCCAGUCGGCGGUAUCAUGAGCAAGACGUAUAGAUACGACAACCACGUCGACUCUAAAUCCGGCAAUUACUAUUCGGCCAGCAGGGAGAGCUCCUGCGACGAUUUAGGGACGCGGGGCACCAGCAGUGCGAUUCUGCUGGAUUGCGGAAGCGAAGGCCUCCUGCACGCUACCACCAGCUCUACUGCCGCCCUUCAGGACGUGUCGUCUGGCAACGGUAAACGCCACUUUCAUCCGUGCUCCCUGUCCCUGUCGACGAGCUCGUCGCCUGGCUAUGUGGUGGAGACGAACACCGUCAGGAUACCGAUAAGCCUAUGCCUGGUGAUCAUGCUGAUUUACAUAUGCGGCGGCGCCGUAAUGUUCAAUCGACUGGAGGGCUGGAGCCUUCUAGAAGGCGGUUACUUCUGCUUCACGAGCCUCGGAACGAUCGGGUUUGGCGACCUGAUGCCGGUCGGAAGAAACGCGGCGUCCGCCACCCUGGAGGAGCUCAGCCUGUGCGCCUGCUCGCUCUACAUACUCGCCGGGAUGGGCCUGAUCGCCAUGUGCUUCAACCUCGUCCAGGAGGAGGUGGUACGCGUGGUCAGGGUCUUCGGUAGAACCUGCGGCAUGUCGUCGGGGGUGGUGGUCGGACCUAUCGGUGGUACAGCAGGUGCCGGUCUUGGGCUCAAAGGCGACCUCGACGACGGCGGAGGCACCAGCGAUUCGCGACUGUCCGAACAGGAAGACGAAGCAAUCGCCAUGUCCAUGGUGCCAACAUCCUGACAGCAUCAGGCCAGGAGCCCCGGCGACGGGAAGCUCCUGGCCCACGCGUCCAACACUGCCAUAAAGCCAUCGCCCGGCCAUCACUCUCUGCCACGCAAGAAAACGCCAUCCGACGUUAGGAACGCCGCCUCAACG